AUGCGGAGCGGCGAGGAGGGCGGGGCGGUCCCUCUGAUGGGCGACGGGACGCUGAGUCAGGACUUCCCGUCGCUGGUUGAUGUUCGGGUGCUUCCCCGGGUCUCCGAUCCGUCUCCGGCCAAACGGAUGAUCGGCCAGCUGCUGUCCGCCAUCAGGAGCAGCGGGUCCAGAGGAGCGUUCUGCGAGCUGAGGCACAGCGAUCGGAGGAUGCUCGACUUCUACUCCAAACUGGGCUCGUUCAGACCCGUUCAGGCGGAGGGUCUACCCGAAGGGAUGAACUCCAGGCCCUCGUACUUCACGUCUCCGAUCUUUUCCUCCGGCAUCAGCACGCGUCCGUCCAGUGAGAAGGCCGGCGUUGUAGUGCGGCCCCCAGUUCUCGUGGCGCACCGCCCCGGUGGGGCCGACCACCUUCACCCACUCCGGGUUGUUGUUGACCACCUCUCCGGACGUGGUGGUCCACUCCUUCCCCAGGCCGCCAACGUACAGGCGCUCAUCCUUCACCGCCAGCCACUCCGCCUUAAACCCUGA